GGGUUAAGCCUCAUGGUAUGGGCGAUCGUUGGCCUGCAACUUGCUCUCUCAAUGAUAUUAAAUUUGGCGUAUUGUCAGUUUCCGCAUCAUAUCAGGAUUCCUUGCGUUGACUAUGAUCUCUUCAGCCUGCGUAUUUAUUUAUAUCGCCGCAGCCUCGCCGAACCAGGCAUCUUCUUGGUGCAACGAAUGGGAUCGCUCAGUUGGGUGUUCGAUCGCGCGAACGAUCGGCCCUGCAUCCGCCACGUCCACGUUCUCGUUUUCUAUUAAAACCACCCACCACGCAUGGAUAGUCUACUAUUAUCUGAUUGCCCUUGUCUGUAUAGGUAUUUGCAUGUCGCUCUUACUUCCUCGACGGUUGUGGAAGAAUCACCAUUAACGAAUCAUACGCCCCGCGUAUGGUUUCCCUGAGGUCCGCUGCUAGAGGUCUGACAGGGGGAUCAUUUACAUGAAUUAGACAGGACAUUGUCAUCGAGUUUCAUGUUUCAGUAGUUUUGACCUAUCAGUUUUGAGACAAAGUCCACGCUUUUGUUAUCUUAAUGGCAUUUUCGUCUAUCCACCGGUUAU